UGCAGCGCGACAGCGCUACGGGCGGGCCCCACUGGGGCGGGGGGAUGCCAUGUCCCGCGAACGGCCCCCCCGCACUGACAUCCCGCGCAACCUGAGCUUCAUUGCCGCGCUAACAGAGCGCGCCUACUACCGCAGCCAGAGGCCCAGCCUGGAGGAGGAGUCGGAGGAGGAGCCAGGUGAGGGCGGGACGCGGCACGGGGCCCGAUCCCGUACACACGGUUCGAUUCGGGCUCGCCGGGCCCGCUCUGCACCUGCCGGAGGCGGGGGGGUCCGGGCGCCCCGCAGCCGUAGUCCCGACACCCGCAAGAGAGUGCGCUUCGCCGACGCCCUGGGACUGGAGCUGGCCUCCGUGCGCCGCUUCCGUCCUGGAGAACUACCCCGGGUGCCCCGCCACGUGCAGGUCCAGCUGCAGAGGGACGCUCUCCGCCACUUCGCGCCUUGUCAGCCCCGCUACCGCGGCCUCCAGGAGGCGCGCGCAGCCCUGGAGCCGGCCAGCGAGCCUGGCUUUGCAGCCCGCUUGCAGGCACAGCGUAUUUGCCUGGAACGCGCGGAGGCGGGCCCGCUGGGGGUGGCCGGGAGCGCGCGCGUGCUGGACCUAGCCUACGAGAAGCGCGUGAGCGUGCGCUGGAGUGCCGACGGCUGGCGCAGCCAACGUGAAGCUCCUGCUGCCUAUGCAGGCCCGGCCCCACCCCCGCCGCGUGCGGACCGCUUCGCCUUCCGCCUGCCUGCGCCACCCAUUGGUGGCGCUCUGCUUUUCGCCUUGCGUUACCGUGUGACGGGUCAUGAGUUCUGGGACAACAACGGUGGCCGUGACUAUGCUCUACGUGGGCCCGAGCAUCCGGGCAGUGCCGGAGCCCCAGAACCCCAGGGCUGGAUUCACUUUAUCUGA